CUCGAGCGGUGUCGGCGUUUGAUGACGUCCCUGAUAGGCGCUGGACUUGUCUCGUGGAUUGUGGACCAGAUAGAAACAUGACCUCAGCCCUGGAGAACUACAUCAACCGAACGGUUGCGGUCAUUACGGCAGAUGGAAGAAUGAUUGUGGGAACUCUCAAAGGCUUUGAUCAGACGAUUAACUUGAUUUUGGAUGAAAGUCAUGAAAGAGUAUUUAGUUCUAACCAAGGAGUGGAACAAGUUGUGCUGGGACUGUACAUUGUAAGGGGAGACAAUGUGGCAGUUAUUGGAGAAAUUGAUGAAGAGACAGACUCUUCAUUGGAUUUAGGAAACAUCCGAGCAGAACCUCUAAAUUCUGUUGUAAAUUGAAGAGAAUUGGGUGGGAUGGUGUAUAAACCUUGAGCUAUAUAUUACUUGAUGCAAUAUUUUUUACAAAUGUUAACUAAUUGGAAAUCCUUACCCUAUUUACAUGUUUUAUUGUGAAUGUGUUCUAGUUUGAUAUGUAAAUUAAAGUGUUUCUACGUUUUUGUUUUAA